ACCGAGGCGGUCGCGAGCUGGCUCCUCUCCCUGCAGCUGCCCGGAAGGGUCGCUCGCCUGGCCGGUCUCCUUUUGGGACACUUGCUGAAGCGCGGGAGGGCUCCGGUGGCCGGGCUCUCCGACUCCUCUGCGGUCCGGGGCGCCCGAGACGCCGCGGCAAAGGCUGGAGGUACUAUUUUUUAACUGGCUGCUCCAAAGAUAGAAAAAACCAUGGGGAGGAAGCUGGACCUAUCUGGCUUGACUGACGAUGAAGCUGAGCAUGUCCUUCAGGUAGUUCAGCGAGAUUUCACCCUCCGCAAAAAAGAAGAAGAUAGACUGAGUGAGAUGAAGCAGAAGCUGGAUGAAGAAGGUAACAAGUGCAGCAUCCUUUCCAAACAGCACAGCUUUAACGAGCGCUGCUGCAUACGUUGCUGCACCCCUUUUACUUUUCUCAUCAACACCAAGCGGCAGUGCCAAGAUUGCAAAUACAACAUCUGCAAAAACUGCAGCUCCUAUCAGAAGAAGGAGAAAGCUUGGCUCUGCAGCGUAUGCCAGCAAGCCAGACUGUUAAGAGCCCAAUCCCUGGAAUGGUAUUAUAACAAUGUGAAAAGUCGCUUCAAACGCUUUGGAAGUGCAAAAGUUCUGAAGAAUUUAUAUAGAAAACAUCGACUGGAGAGUGGAGCUUGUUCUGAUAUACUAGAAGUCGGAAGCUUCUGUGAAGGAACCAUAGAAAAUGAAGGAAGUAUUUGUGGCAGUGACUCUACGUUCUACAGGCAAACAGAAGGACACAGCAUGAUGGAUACCCUCGCUGUGGCUUUGCGUGUUGCAGAAGAAGCCAUAGAAGAAGCUAUUUCUAAGACAGAGACAUACAGUGAUAGCUGGGAGAAACAGAAUGAAGCUUGUUAUUUACGAGAGCACAAAGAGGAGCUGAUAGAAGAGCUUGCCACCACCAUCGUCCAAAAGAUUAUAAGAAAACAGAAAAGCAAAACUGAACAAGUGGAGGCUGGUUUUGAAUGGCCGCAGUCCAGGAGCCGUGGCUUGACUGCUGUUUCAGAUCAAAGCAUGAUAACUUUCCCAAGGAGUCGCAGGGAAUCAUACUCAUUAUGGAGGUCUCACUCUGCAUUCUCGUUGACAAACGAAGAUGCAUCAGGCAGAGAUCCGGACCUGAAAUCUUCUGUGGCAGAAAGUCUCUGGAGGCAACCAAAAGGCUCAAUCAGAAAACAAAAAGAGCACAGCAUAUCUGCACUACCCAGCUGGAAGAGUGUGGAUCAAUUAAAUGAACCAACUCCUCCACCUAUGUUACAAAGCACAGACGGAAACUGGGUAGCCUUACAAAAUGUCACUUUGCCUCGUCCUCGAAUGAUUGCCAAGCCAAAGAGCCAAGUAUUCAGAGUCUUGGAGAGCGAAUCCAGCGUCGUGUCUGUUUAUGAUGAGAUGGGAUCUGAUAGUGAAGAUGACUAUGACUGGAAUGUGGCUUUGAACAAGUUACGGCAAAGGCCCAAGCAGCCGACCAAAGAACUGGAUCAUGCAGAUCCUCACGGCAACUCUGAAUGGGCUUACAACAGUGACCUGCACCAGCCUGUGACCUCCCCUUCAUCUGGGCUGUUUACCAACACUGAGACAAUGUGCUCCGAUUCUGAAACAUCCUCUGUCGGCUCUUCGAGAGAUGCUGGAGGAUCUAGCCAUCUUCCCUGGAUACAAAGGAGAACUUGUUGGGAUAAGCCCAGAGAAGAAAAAGCACAAUUACACAGAGAGCUAGAUGUAAAUUUCAAUCCACAGGCUACCAGUUUAGACUAUUCAGACAGCAGUGAAAGUGAGGAGGCCUAUUAUGACUUAGAAAAGAGAUCGAGGAGGUGGAAAAAAGGCAAGGUUCUCUCCGAGGACUUAUGCAAUGGCAAAAAUCGUUCCAAAACCCACAAGAACAAUUUGAGCACAAGUCAGGCAUCUGAUGAUUUAUCAGAAACUGACAUAAGCAGUGAAGACCAAAACCAUCAAACCAAUGCAGACUCUAUGGAAGAAAAGCUCAAGUCGAGAUUAUUUGAACUAGUUGCUAAAAUGGGUGAUAAUAAGGAGUCCUCUUCAGAGGAGCAGAUGUUAGAACCAAGAACAGAAUCUGAGACCCAGAAAUCGCAUUUGUCUUCAGAAGAGAGUGGCCGGUGCGUUCAGGAGGAGCUAAAGAAGAAAUACUCUGCUGUGUCUCUCUGCAACAUAUCUACAGAGGUCCUGAAAGUCAUCAACGCCACAGAGGAACUCAUAGCAGAAUCAGCAGGGUCUUGCGAUAUUCCAGCAGAUGCUUGUGACAGAGGGAAAGGUGAAUUUCCGUUAGGUACAGACCCUAUCAGACUUGACGAGCAACUCACAACACUGGAAGAAAAUGUGUACCUAACAGCUGGUGGCGUGUAUGGAUUGGAGAGUCAGCUAAACGAGCUUGAGGAUGCAGCACGCAGAAUUAACAGCAUUACUGCAGAAUCUGAGCUGGCUGAUCUGGAGGACCAAGUGGCAACAGCAGCUGCACAAGUUCAUCAUGCAGAGCUUCAGAUUUCAGAUAUUGAGAGCAGAAUUUCAGCACUUACAGUUGCAGGCCUGAAUGUUGCUCCGUGCGUUCACCUAAUGAGAAAACGUGACCAAAAGCAGGCAAACCAGAUGCACACAAUAGACACAUCCAGACAGCAGAGACGAAAGCUUCCUGCUCCACCAGUGAAAGGUGAAAACAUGGAUGCCUCUCCAGUUACUCCCGAUAGAACAUUUAACAAGAAUUUCAUGCUUCAAGGAUCUCUGACACAAAGAACUAAAGAGAGAAAAAGCACUGCCAAGGAUUUGAUGGAACCAUCUAUAGGGUCUGCUGUAAUGUACUAGAAUUACAAAAUUCUACUGCCAAUAACACACUGCCUAAGGCUGCACACUACAGUGCCUUUAUAUAACAGCCAUUGUAUACAUCCAAUAAAAAUGGACCCUCAAGAACCCACAAUGCCUCAGUAAUAGGGCUUUGUUUGGAUACCUCACUGAGAAAGCUGUUCAAGUCUUCAGCAUUGUGGUCUUCUGUUGGAAACUCUGCCUUAAAGUUCUCAUGAGACUCCAGGAAGGAUGUUGAGUUUCAAGGCUCCAUGUUUUAAGAUGCACUUUUUUCCACAUUGUCAAUUGUACUGAAAUAUCUUGUCAUUAAAAUACAUUGAGGUGGAUCCUAACUACCAGCUGCAGGUCUUUGCUACAUUUCCUUCCCCCACAGUAAUUCUUUUAGACCUCCAAAAAGUAGACUUCCAGGAUGAUACAACCCAUGUGCAUUGGUGGGGUUGAAGUGGGAAGGAGGCAAAUCUCCAUCUCUGUUCCCUUCUGUCUUUUCCCUUUCCCAAUGUAGCCCUUCCACCACCCACAUAGCAGUUAAUCCAUGCGGGUCCCACAACCACAGAAAUCAAUAUUCUGGGGAUCAUAAAGAACUGUAGGAUCAGAGAGAAAUACAACAAAGAUCUACUUUUCUUCUGUUGGCAAUAGUUAGGAUCCAGUCCAGAAUGUUUUUGUAUUCUUCAUUCAUUUAUUAACUGUCAGUCAGUAUGUCUGAAGCUCAAGGAAGAACUCAGAUCCUUUAGUGUGGUGAUCCAUGUUUACAGGAAUCUUACUGUUCACAGUCAUAGUAAUAUAUGCCUUGCUGAGCAAUUUUGUUCCAGGAGUAACAGUUUAAUCUUGAAGCAAAUUGUGGGGAGGGGUGAUAAGGAAGGAGAAUAAUUAAAUGACCCUAGCCUUGUUGGAUGAGCAAUUUUCCUUAUUUGAUUUGCACUUGCAUUCCAUUCUGGCAUACUCAGAUAUAUCAUUUUAGGACUUUCCUAUGAUACCUUAGUAGAGGGAUAUAUCUGCUGGUUAAAUAGACAUUCAGAUGGGACAAUAUGAAACCCUUUCUAUUUCCAGAAAAAAAAAUAGAAGUGUUCAUUACUGAAAUCAGUCAAAAUCUUCCGUACCUGAAACUGGCCUGGGACUCCAUAGUAGAAGCCUAAUUAAACUGGCAAUGCUCCCACCAAAAAUGACUGCUGACGGAAGGAUUUUCAUCAGCAGAGGGUGAUUUUCUCACCUCUGUCCUCCUGCUGAUCUCGGGAGAUAGGGGGCCUCCAGGAACAACAUGAGAGGGGAAUCAGGCGUCUGAAGUCAGAGGGAGGGAAUCUGAAAAUCCUCCCCCCAUUCCUUGGAAAUUUUAGGUGGAUCCAUCCCAUAAUGUUUUUUUAAAAAAAAAUUCUACCCACUUAACUGUAACUUAUGCUUAAGUUAUAAAGGGGAUCUAAUAAUAUAUAGAUAUCACUGUUUAAUUGAAUGUCUUUUUAGAAAUGCAUAUUUGCAGCCUUACGGUCAGAUCUAGAUAAUAUUUUUUACUGGCAGAAUAACGUUAAUUUCUCUGCUCACAGCAAAAUGUGUGGAAGGGACUUUAAGGCUCUUACUCCUCUCCAAAUGAUUGUGAUUUCAAAAACCCAGUAUUCAGUUUCAGUGCUUUCAGUCCCUGCAGUCUAGACCAGGGGUCCAUGCCCAUUUGCCUCCUGACACCUUUCUAGGCAUCCACCAAGUAAGUGAGCAGGACUUGAUGGGGCUUUUGCCCAGCAGGACACCAGUUGGCCAUUGGAGAUCUGAUCAGCUAUGCAGGUUUUUAAAAUCUUUGCUACCACAGCACAAGUUUUUUAAACAGUAAGUUCAUUUAAAAAGACAUCCUGUUAAACUGAGCUUCUGCAUGAAAUGUCAAAGUGUUACUAUUACACGUAACCUCACUCCCUGAUUAUUUGUGGUUGGUUUCACUUCCCAUAGCAGUCCCUAUUCGGUUGUGCCCACCACCCUGUGUCAGAAUUCCAGCACUAUUCACAGACCCAUAAAGGUUGGGGGCCCCUGGUCUAGGUUACUGAAGUCCUUCAGUAUGUUUUGGUCACAAUCUGAUCCAUAUAACUAGGAAAACCCAGCACUAAAUCAAAAUCACUUGCAUGAACGUAAAUGCAGGUAGCAAAACUGAUCAAUGUAGGAAUGUGUCUAAAGAAAUUAGUUUCAUGGUAGCAAACCAUAAUAGUGAGGGCUUAGUUCUUAGAGCUAUGAGAGGAAAGUGGGCUGCAAGGGAAUUUAAAUUUAAGCUAAAGUCAAAUUAAGGAAUGACCCCCUUUGUGAAUUUGUAUGCUUUGAGGCCUAUUUUACAUGGGGCUAUUAAAAUGCAAGCUGAGUAAAAGCAGAGUGAUGCCCUUCUAUGCCCAUUGACUUCAGUGGAGUUAGUUUAGGACUCCUCUGUCAGACUGUAAAUUAUGCUGCAGUCAAGAUUAUACCCUUGGGCUGUGUUUUAACUAAUUUUUACACCCAUCACAUUAGAACUAGUCCCACUUCACCCACAAGUAUGCUUUAUAAGGCUAGAAGAGCUCACACCUUCUCCACUCUUUAAUGGUAAGAUUGAAAGGAUAGUUUAAGCAAGUUAGUGAUUUUGACUAUGUACCUGCAGUGUUAGUUUCAUUAAUUUAUAUUGGGUUUGUAUAUUUUCCGUAUCUACAUUUUCCAUGAACGUUUUUUUUUUUUACUUCAGCCAAAAUAAUGCCUUCCCUUACAUGCAUGAAAUUCUCAUUGUCUCUUAGUGGGCUUAGCUAGAAUUUUGCCUGCAUUGUAUAAAAAAUCAUAUAAUACACCAUCCUAGUAAAAGCUUCUUAACAAAAGUAGGAGUCUAAUACAAUUGUAAUUACUCAGUUUCCAUUCUCAUGUCUCUUUCUGUACUUGUCCAAGAUGCAUUCCCAGAUUCUUGUUCCUGCAGGUUUGCGUGUUAAUGAAAUGUCAGUAAUGAUGGCUGGUCUACAUAUUUGUCCAAUGAUACUAUUAGCUAAUACUGUGUAUGUAAUAUUGAAUCAAGACAUGACUAAUUUUAAUAGAUAACUCUUUGACUUUUGUUCUGUUGGUGUGAUAUAAAACAAAACUGAGUUUGGAAUAGAAUGUUUUCCAUAAGAGGCAUGAAAAACAACUACAGUUGUGUUCAAAUGUUAAACUAUUCAGUCUUCUUUGACUAAAAUGUGUACUGUGUAGGCAUUGCAAAAAAAAAUUCUCACCUGCUAUAAAGCAUUUCAAUUUUUACAGAGAUUUACUUGUGCCAAAUGUGCAGAUUUAAUUUACUGUUUUAAAGAAAACCAUAAAAGUGUAUAUGUUAUAGCACACAAAGAAUUAUUUUGUCAUCAAGUGAUUUCAAUCCUUAGUGUUAAUAUUUAUAUUUAGAUUAUUUUUUUUAUAAAUGAGAAAUAUUUUAAUGGUUAAAACAAAUGAAGACAAUAUAAUGAAUCUGUCUGAUUUGGUUUGAGUGGAACUUAACGCUUGCCUUGUUGUUGUGAUCUGCAUUCUUGCCAGGAAUUAUUGUCAAGAGAAAUGAUAUAAAACAAAUGAUUUCUGGAAAUCAGUUGG